CGUCGAGAAAGCUGGGAAUCCGCUCUCCACUCCGCACACCACCUCUUCAUACAUUUCUCUUUUUCCCUCAAUCCUCAAUCCCGCCACAUCGCCCACCAUGGCCGCUGCUAUCAAGGCUCUCAACGCAAAGAUCCGCUCCAACCCGGCGCUGGACUACUUCUGCUCGACCCACUUCUGGGGCCCGGCGUCCAACUUCGGAAUUCCGCUCGCUGCGGUCAUGGACACGCAGAAGGACCCUGAAAUCAUCUCGGGCCGCAUGACCGCCGCCCUGACGUGCUACUCGGCCGUCUUCAUGCGCUACGCCAUGGCGGUGCAGCCGCGCAACUGGCUCCUGUUCGGCUGCCACUUUGUCAACUGCUCGGCGCAGGCGACGCAGGGCUACCGCUUCUUGAACUAUUGGAAUUUCGGCGGCCGGGAAAAGGUUCUCGAAGCGCAGGCCAAGUCCGGUGUGCAGCAAGCCAAGGACGCGACAGUAGAUGCGGCGCAGAAGGUCCUGGGCCAGAAAUAAACGGCAUCGCACAAGACAGCAAAUUGACAUCACUCUCUCUGCCCCCUUCUCCCUUCAUCGAUAGACGCAUACACACAUACGCGCACACACGCACAGGCAAAAAUGAGAGUGACAGAGUGAAUGAGAGACUGAGGAGAGGAGGGGAGGGACGGAGGGAAGUGGAGGAAGUAAGGCAGCGAAAGGGAAGUGGGUUCUAAGACCUUGCUCAAGGAGCGGCAGGUAGGCAGGCAGAUGCGUUGGGGUGGUUGCAAAGAACGGCCCCGUGUAUAAAAAGACGUACUGUAGGUAGCUGAGCAGCGAGCGCGACUGAACUAAGAUCAGGUUAUAAAGCAGUUCUUCUCUUCCG